GCGAUGUUGGUGGCGGCGGCGGCGGCGGCGGCGGCGGCGGCGUCAGUGCCCGGCGGGGAGUGCCCAGGCCGCCGCCGGACCGGAGGCUAAGGGGGCGUCUGGGAGCUCCCUCGCCGGGCCCUCGGCGGCCGGAUGGCGUAAGAAGGACGGGCUGUGAGUCACUUUUCACAUGAGGCACUGAGAUACUAAUAGUGAUUUGUUGAAGUUUUCAUGCUGUGGAGCUAGUAAACAUCUAAGGUUGACAUUGAGUGCUUCAGAUCUGGUCACUAUGGUACGAGAACGAAAAUGCAUAUUGUGCCACAUCGUGUACGGCUCAAAAAAGGAGAUGGAUGAACACAUGCGAAGCAUGUUGCAUCACAGGGAACUUGAGAACCUGAAGGGCAGGGACAGUAGUCAUGAGUGUCGAGUGUGCCGGGUCACAGAAGUGGGUCUGUCUGCAUAUGCAAAGCACAUUUCUGGCCAGUUGCACAAAGAUAAUGUUGAUGCCCAAGAAAGAGAAGAUGAUGGAAAGGAAGAGGAAGAGGAAGAUUAUUUUGAUAAGGAACUUGUUCAGUUAAUACAAGAAAGAAAAGAACAAAGUCGACAAGAUGAACCUUCCAGUAACAGCCAAGAAGUAAACUCAGAUGACAGGCAACCCCAGUGGAGACGAGAAGACCGAAUCCCUUACCAAGACAGAGAGAGCUAUAACCAACCAGCAAGGCACCAUCGUGGGCCUCCACCGAGAGACUGGAAAUGGGAAAAGGAUGGCUUUAAUAAUACUCGAAAAAACAGCUUUCCACAUUCUUUGAGGAAUAGUGGUGGACCAAGAGGAAGCUCUGGCUGGCAUAAAGGUGCUACAAGAGGCUCUUCAGCUUGGUUCCAUAAUCACAGUAAUGCUGGAGGAGGCUGGCAUUCAAACAGUGGGAUGGUAGAUUGGAAUUAUAACAGCACAGGAAGGAAUUCCAGUUGGCAUUCUGAAGGAACAGGUGGCUUUCCCAGCUGGCACAUGAACAACAGUAACGGAAACUGGAAAUCCAGCGUACGUAGUACAAAUAGCUGGAAUUACAAUGGCCCUGGAGCCAAAUUUCAACAAGGUAGAAACAGAAAUUCUAACUAUCAAAUGGAAGACAUGACCAAGAUGUGGAACAAGAAAUCUAAUAAGCCAAGCAAGUACAGUCAGGAGAGAUGCAAGUGGCAGCGGCAGGACAGGGACAAAGCCGCCAAGUAUACGAGUCCUCCCGAAGGAUACGCAAGUGACACAUUUCCUUCAGAAGGCUUACUCGAGUUCAAUUUUGAGCAGCGAGAAAGUCAAGCCACUAAACAGACAGAAACGGCAGCCUCCAAAAUUAAAGGAAAAAAUGGCACCAAACCAAGGGAAAAGUUCCGCCGCUGGACACCUUAUCCUUCCCAGAAGACUCCAGAUUUACAGUCAGCCCUGAAAGAAAUCAUUGGCAACAAGUCAGAAACGCUAGAUAAGCCUCUCUUUAAUUUUAGCUUAAUAACCGCAGGACUGCGCAAACCAGUUGAUAAAACAAGUAAUCCCUCAGUGCUAAAAACACAAAAGGAAGUACAUCCUGGAUCUCCCAGUCACAAAGCCAUUUCUGAUGGCACUGCUUUCUGUGAGGCGGCACGAGCUUGCCCCAUUACUGAGCAAUCUGAACCACAUCAGAAGUCAAAUAAGAUUCCAUUACUGAAAUCCCCACUCCUUCCACUUCCAACCCCUAAACCAGGUCCUCAUAAACAUAAUUUGAAGAACCGCUCAAAAAAUAGUGAGACAAGAUCCUUUCCUUCUGGAGAUCAGUCACAUCUGAACAAAUCUACUUUAGAAGGUAACCAUGGUUCUUCCUUCACAUCCAGAUCAUGUGCAUUAAAGGGGAAUAAAACUGGAUCAGGCACUCAAAAAGAACCUGACGAGAAGUUAAGUAGUACAUCACAGAAAGCCCAAGAGGUAUCCCAGUAUCCCAAAACACUGCAAAAUCCACUCCUUAGCACACCCAAAAGGAUGGAGAGCCAUGCAAAAGAAAGUAGUGUAGAAGAGUCUACAAAAGACUCUGUGAACAGUGAGUCUCAGUCACACUCAGCUGAAAACAGUGGCGUGACAUCUGAUGCAGAAAACUGUGGCAUAAAAAGUGAAGGUGUGGCUUCGCCAAGCACAGAGGCUGUGUCCUGCAGCACUCACACUGUGGAUAAGGAACAAGGGAGCCAGACCCUAGGAACAUCUGAGAGCCUUUCCACCUCCCCACAUGAUUCCACACUUCACCAGAAAGAGGCUGAGUUACAAGUGACAGCAGCAAGCAGUCCACAUUCUGGCUUACUGCUAGACUUGAAGACCUCUCUGGAAGAUGCACAGGAUAGCAACCUUGUUAAAUCUGAUGGACCUUUUGAAACAGAGAGCUUUGAGGGUACUGGCUUGGAUGCAGAGCUUCAAAAAACUGAUAUCAAUAAUCAGCCUCCAGGCACACUCCUACCUGAACUAAGUAAACUUGGUUUUCCUGCCUCGCUCCAGAGAGAUCUAAGCCGGCACAUUAGUUUGAAAACUAAAACAGGAACACAUCUCCCAGAGCCAAACCUCAAUAGUGCUCGACGAAUUCGCAAUGUUAGUGGCCAUAGAAAGAAUGAAACAGAGAAGGAAUCUGGGCUUAAGCCAACCCUACGACAGAUUCUAAAUGCAUCAAGGAGAAAUGUCAACUGGGAACAGGUCAUUCAGCAAGUAUCCAGGAAAAAGCAAGAGCUGGGCAAAGGCUUACCCAGGUUUGGCAUAGAAAUGGUACCUUUGGUUCAAAAUGAACAGGAAGUCUUGGAUUUAGAUGAAGAGCCUGAUCGGUCCAGUCUGGAAGGAUUCCAGUGGGAAGGUGUUUCCAUUCCCUCAUCCUCUGGCUUGGCAAGAAAGCGAAGUCUUUCUGAAAGCAGCGUGGUCAUGGACAGGGCUCCUAUUUAUAGCUUUUUUACUGGGGAAGGUACUGGCAAAGAAAAUGAAGCCCAGCAGAGUCCUUCGCCUGCUAUUGCAUUGAGUACUGCCCAGAGUCAGAAGGCAGCCAUGUAUCUUGAACAGGAAGUGGCACCUCUAACUCCCUCUGUCAGAACAGGUGAAAGGGUUGGAAACAUUCCUACCCAGCGGCGACAUAGUGCACAGUUACCAUCUGAUCACAUAAUGCCUUUCAUGCAUUCAGCCAGAGACCUGAACAGCCAGGAGAGGUCUAUCCCACUCUCAGAGCGCCACUCCCAGGAGAGCACUGGAGAAGGAAACUCACUCUCAUCAAAUGCAUCUUCAGGUCCUACAAUCUCCAGCUUAGCAGAUGCAGCCACUGACAGCAGCUGUACCUCUGGUGCUGAACAAAAUGAUGGUCACAGUAUUAGAAAGAAGCGAAGAGCCACUGGGGAUGGAUCUUCCCCUGAACUACCAAGUCUUGAGAGGAAAAAUAAAAGAAGGAAAAUUAAAGGAAAGAAAGAACGUUCUCAGGUUGACCAGCUAUUGAAUAUUUCCUUAAGAGAGGAAGAGCUGAGCAAGUCUCUACAGUGCAUGGACAACAAGCUCCUGCAGGCACGGGCAGCCCUCCAGACUGCUUACAUUGAAGUCCAGCGACUGCUCAUGCUGAAGCAGCAGAUAACUGUGGAGAUGAGUGCUCUGAGGACUCACAGAAUACAGAUUCUGCAAGGACUACAAGAAACAUACGAACCUUCUGAGCACCCAGACCAGACUCCGUAUAGCCUCAUAGCACGAGAACAAAGGAACAGCCAAUUUCAGGCAUCUGUUGGGACAGCUCUGCUGCCUGCACCCUUUUCCCUAGGGUUUCUGGAUCCAGCUCCCUCCCAUACAUCUCUACCAUCCUCUGAAACCCCUCUCCAAAUAACCACUUGUACUUUCCAAGCCCAUGGUACUGCCCCUGAUUCAUCGGUUCAGAUUAAACAAGAGCCCAUGUCUCCUGAACAAGAGGGGAAUAUGAACGCUGUGCCACAAGGCUGUGCUUCCAAUGUGUCCAAGGAAUUACUGCAAACUAAUAGAGUGGUCAGUGACGGCUGUCCAGUUUACCCAGCCAUCCCUGCAGUGAUAACAUCAGAGUCAACAGAAAUUUGCCAGGAGGUUAACCAAGAUCUGAAUUUUUCUGUGGAGCAAGAAAAUUCAAGAAGCAGAGAAAACUCUCCCUCUUGCCAGUCUCCUGGUCUUCUUGGCACAAACAAAGGUGAAGAGUCAGCCAAAGGCAGCAGUGGAUCUGAAGCCUGUAGCAGUUCUUUUCUAAGAUUGUCUUUCACUCCCGAAACUCCUGCAGAGAAGGAAACUCAGUCUCCAGCCGACCAACCUGAGCAGCAGGCAGAAUCCACACUGGCAUCAGCAGAAACUAGAGGUAGCAAGAAGAAGAAGAAACUUCGGAAGAAGAAGACCCUUCGGGCUGCCCAUGUUCCUGAGAACAGCGACACUGAACAGGAUGUGUUCACUGCUAAGCCUGUGAGAAAGGUCAAAACUGGAAAGGCAGCUAAAGGGGGGAAAGUGACGACCUCUACCUGGGGAGACAGCCAGACUGGUCGUGAGCAAGAAACUGCCAGAGAUGAGCCAGACAGUGAGUCCUCCCUAGAAGUCUUAGAAGUCCCAAAUCCUCAGUUAGAAGUCGUUGCCAUUGAUACCUCUGAAUCUGGAGAAGAGAAACCAGAUAGCCCAUCGAAAAAAGAUACCCGGAUCGCUGCAGAACAGAAGCCAACAGAAGCUUCUCGUUCUGGUUGUGAUGAGGUUAGCUCUACCAGUGAGCUUGGUACCCGCUACAAGGAUGGCAUUCCUGUGAGUGUGGCAGAAACCCAGACAGUGAUCUCCUCCAUCAAAGCAUCUAAGAACUCUUCAGAAAUGUCUUCAGAGCCAGGCGACGAUGAUGAGCCUACAGAAGGAAGCUUUGAAGGACAUCAGGCUGCAGUGAAUGCAAUUCAGAUAUUUGGAAACUUACUAUAUACUUGUUCAGCAGACACGACUGUCCGGGUUUAUAAUCUGGUGAGUCGAAAGUGUGUUGGUGUCUUUGAGGGACACAUUUCCAAAGUGAACUGCCUUCUUGUCACUCACACCUCUGGGAAGAGUUCUGUCCUCUACACAGGUUCCAGUGACCACACCAUCCGCUGUUAUAACGUUAAGACCCGAGAAUGCAUGGAACAGUUACAGUUGGAAGACCGGGUCCUCUGCCUUCAUAACAGAUGGCGAACCCUCUAUGCUGGACUAGCAAACGGCACUGUGGUCACAUUCAACAUAAAGAACAACAAGCAACAGGAAAUCUUUGAAUGCCAUGGCCCUCGAGCAGUCAGCUGCCUCGCCACAGCUCAGGAAGGUGCCCGAAAACUGCUGGUUGUAGGAUCUUAUGACUGCACCAUUAGUGUUCGUGAUGCAAGGAAUGGACUGCUGCUCAGAACCCUGGAGGGCCACAGCAAGACUGUGCUCUGCAUGAAGGUGGUGAACGACCUUGUGUUCAGUGGCUCCAGUGACCAGUCAGUGCAUGCUCACAACAUUCAUACUGGUGAGCUUGUGCGAAUUUAUAAAGGCCACAACCAUGCAGUGACUGUGGUGAAUAUUCUGGGGAAAGUGAUGGUGACUGCUUGCCUGGACAAAUUUGUUCGUGUCUAUGAAUUACAGUCCCAUGAUCGACUGCAAGUUUAUGGAGGGCACAAAGACAUGAUUAUGUGUAUGACCAUCCAUAAAAGUGUGAUUUACACUGGCUGUUAUGAUGGUAGCAUCCAGGCUGUGAGGCUGAAUCUGAUGCAGAAUUACCGCUGUUGGUGGCAUGGCUGCACUCUGAUAUUUGGCGUUGUGGAUCACUUGAAACAACACUUGCUGACCGACCACACCAAUCCCAACUUCCAGACGCUGAAGUGUCGCUGGAAGAACUGCGAUGCUUUUUUCACAGCCAGAAAAGGAUCCAAGCAGGAUGCUAUAGGACAUAUAGAACGCCACGCUGAAGAUGACAGCAAAAUAGAUUCAUGAAGUUUUGCCUCCCAUGUUGGGAAGUCAUUAGUGAAGGGUUCUCCCAUGGGCCUUUCAGUGUCCUUCUCCAGGCCCCUGUCUGUCCUCCAGCAGAACUGGGAGGGAAGAAGUGGUUCACAGCCAGACCCACCACUAGCAAAGUGUGAGCAGUCUGAGGAUAGGCUACGCACAACUCAGGUCUGCUCUAGAGCCAUUUCUAAGGAACCUACUCUUCCGGAACAAAUGGCAUACAGUGUUUUAUAUUACUAGACUAUAGGUGUUUAUUAAAGAAGCAGAUUUUAAUUAGUUACCCAGUUGGAUCCUAAUCAUACAUAUAUUUUAUUGAUUCAGUCUGUGAUUUCUGCUUUAUGUUCUUAUGAUGGCUUAUGAGAAAAUUUUCGGGAUCAGUUUUAAUUCUUCCUUUUGAAAUAACUGGGUAUUUAAAUUUAAAGCAUUUUUUUUAAAAAUAAUUAUGUGCAGUGUCUCACUAUUGAUAUAGCUGAACAAAGCUGGCUGUGAGUGUGACGGGAAACACGGAAGUGUCCGAAACGCCUGCUGCCCUGCUUGCUGUAUCUUAGAAUUCAGACUCUCAGUGUCCAUGAUGAAAAGAAGUCCCUGAACACAGUACUUCCCAGUAAUCCCUCCAGAGUGCUCAGUGUGGCAGCUUCUGCGCGUCUGCACUCCCUGGCUGCUUAGACCGAAGGCAGAUAACCUUUAUUCCCUUUCUAGCUCUGGCUCUUAGAGCCUCAUGAAGUGUUGACACUUUUGGGUUGCUCCGCUGCCAGCCCCCAUCUUUCCUACUGUCUUGCUGUGCCUAGAGCAGUGGCACACCGGGCUUCCAGCGGCUCCCAGCCCACCCACGGCAUCCUAGGUAGGGGAGCUGGAAGAAGCAUCUGGAGUCAGUUGAUCGAGCAGCAGGCAGGACUCUAAAGGUGGAGCUAGUGAAGCCAGUGCCUGUCUCCAUUUCUUUGCCAGCUGUGGAGUGGAAUGUGGCGGUGGCAAAGGGAAAAGCUGCCAUUGUGAGUGCCCAUCUCAGCAGGUCUUAGCCGAUUGCUUUGUUCUGGGAUUGUAGCCUCUUUUUUUUUUUUUUUUUUUUUUUUGUCCCUGGCAUGAUCAAACCUCCCUAGGCUCUACCAGGAAUUCUUACUGGACUCAGAAAUGUUAAGAACUAAUCUAGGAGCCGAUUCUAGUUUAUGUGUGGCCUAUUCUGUGGGAAAAUUUUUCCUGACCCCAUGGCUUAGAUGUGGCGAGAACCAUCGUGUGAUGCAGAGGAGAUACUGACAGCGUAGUUCUGAGGUUAAGAGCCCUUUUCUACUUCUUGCCUCCACUUUCUGCAGCGGAGCCACACUUUGGGGGCUUUGGGAAGUGAUUUCUUAGGAGAUUUCUUAGGAGAGUUCACUUGAGUUCAUUGCUAGCCCUGCAUCAUUCCCUGGGGUGGUAUGUUAAGGAAGCUCAAGUUCCCUGUUCACCAAAGGGAAUAUGCAAGAUGAUGCGAUGGUGGGUGGACCUUAUGCAGCAAGGAAGAAGAACGUAAGGUGUUGACUGAAGUGAGGAAAGUUUGAGGGCAUGCAGACUGAUAGGAGUAUACAGCCUGCUUAGCCCUGUGUGCGUGCCUGGGCACCUGCACUUGGGUUUCCUUGCUUCGCAGGGGUUUUCUUGGAAGCAGUGUGAUAAGUUCAAGCACAGGUGGAAUUGUUCUUGACAUUGGGUCACUGUUCCCCAGGUCUAGUGUGUUCUGAAAAUGAAGAACCGAGUGUCUUGGCUCCUUAACAGAAGCUCCUGUAGGAGGCAGAACUGUGCUUGCUUCUGAGGUCAUUCAUGAUCCGCCUCCAGUUCCCCUCAGAAGGGGCAGCUCUGUCUGUGCUGUCUUUUGUUUGAUUUUUUUUGUUGAAGGAAGGAAAAUAACUAACAACCUGACAAAACCCAAGACAUUUCUUAUAAGUUACUUAAAGGUUAUUUUUAAUGUUGAUUUUUUUUAAACAAUUCUUUAUGUUGAUUGCAACAGCUCAAAGCAAAGAAAAUCUUUUAAAAUUUCUUUUGUGUGUAUUUUCAGUUCUAAUAAAAUACCAGGCACUUUCAAUUAUUUUGAAAGUUUUUACAUAGGUUCAAAACAUAUUUUGGCACACUUUGCUAGUCUGUAAACAGUGCAAAUAAAAAAAGGAGCAAUAUGUCCUGACAUGAGCUUGAGACGUCCCUGUUAGCAUUUACGCUUGUUGCCAUCGUGAAGGAAAUGGUUUUCCUGGGAGUUAGCAGUUGAAGGUUUGAACUCAUGAACACAGAAGGGUCCAAGGCAACACUUUUAUGGGUGAAGUGAUUGUUGCCAGCAAAGGUUUUGUUGGGUUUUUUUUUUUUUGGUUUUUGUUUUUUUUUUGGUUUUUGUUUUGAUUUUUGUUGUUUUGGUAGAUGAUCAUGGCACAGCUUGAGGACAUGGGCAUGUGGCUGAGUUGCUGAGUGUAGGUGCACACACUUAAAGAAUGACACAGUGUUCUAGGGAAGAUAAUUUGGUAAGGAGGAAAUACAUUGUAAAGUGGGGUUUGAACAGUAAGUGGGUUUGCUUAUAUUCGCAUAUGCUUACUUAACAAAUUUGUUCCUAUUGCUUCAAGGAGAGUUCUAGAAUUACUAUACAGACUGUACUUGCCAUUGUCCCACUUGUGGAGGUUUCACCCGGGUCCUGUCAUUGAGAGCCUUGGGUUUGAGAGAGUUGGUCUGAUAGGAAGGAGGAAGCUGUGGUGGGUCUCUCUGGGUUCCAGAUGCAAAUGGGUAGGAAACCUUGUGUAAACCAAACCUACCAUUUACCUCGACUUCACCUCCAACUCCAAGGACAUGGCCUGGACUGGCCCAGACCAGCUCAGACCAGCCCAGGAGUAGCUCAGUGGAGACAGAGAGUGGAGAAGGAAAGGCUGAGGAGGGCGGUAGAUGCCCAGAGCUACCUUGAACAUUGGUUUUUCAAUAUGGAUUAGAAGAAUGUCAGGUGACAUUUGACUGCAAAGAUAUUUCUAAACAGCCUUCUUACAUUUUGGUAUAAAAGCUGUGAACUUCCUAACUUUGUAAGUGAGAUAUAAAGCAAAUACAAAAAGAAAAUAAAGUACUUUUACUAAGUGUU